AUGGCGGACUCCGAAUUGCCCACCCGUCCCAAGCCCGAGGAGGCCAAAGAGGCCGCGCCCGCUGAAGGCGGCGAGUCUAAGAACGCCAGCAAAAAUGCGCUGAAGAAGGCGGCCAAGGAGAAGGCGAAGGCUGAAAAGGCUGCUGCCCGUGCAGCUCAAGAGAAGGCCCAGGCCGCCGCCGCGGAGGCCAAUGAUACCGCUAAGGACCUCUACGGCCCGAUCCCCGAGACUGAGGACGUCAUCCCUAUCACCCGGUUCAGCGAGCUCUCCGAAGAGUACUACGAGAAGGAGGUUACCGUAGUUGCUCGUGUCGAUAAUGCGCGUGUUCAGAGUGCCAAGCUGGCCUUCCUCAUGCUGCGCCAGCAGGGACAGAAGGUUCAGGCCGUCAUUGCUGCGGCUGAGCCCAUCUCGCGCCAGAUGAUCAAGUACACUGGUGGAUUGAACGUCAACUCUAUUGUGCAGGUUACCGGUAUCGUCAAGAAGCCCGAGAUCCCUAUCUCUUCUGCAACCAUUAGCCACCUGGAGCUUCACAUUCGCAAGGUGUACUUGAUCUCCGAAGCUGCGCAGAUGCUGCCCAUGCAGGUCAAGGAUGCCGAGCGCCCUCCUCCCACGGAGGCUGAGGAGGGACAAGUUGACGCUGAGGGUGCCCCUAUCGUUACCCUGAAGACCCGUCUCGACAACCGUGUGCUGGAUCUGCAGACGGAAACCAGCCAGGCUAUUACCUGGAUCUCCAGCGGUGUUGCUCAGUUGUUCUCCGAAUAUAUGAUCAAGAGCGGUUCUCGAUGGAUCUUCACCCCCAAGCUGGUCAGCGCCGCCACUGAGGGUGGCAGCAACGUUUUCGAGGUCAAGUACUUCAAGCGCAACGCCUAUCUCGCCCAGAGUCCCCAGCUGUACAAGCAGAUGUGUAUUGCUGGUGACAUGGAGAACGUCUUUGAGAUUGCUCCUGUGUUCCGUGCGGAGGAGAGCAACACCCACCGCCACUUGACAGAGUUCGCCGGUCUUGAUUUCGAGAAGACAUUCCAGAGCCACUACCACGAGGUCUUGGAGUUCGCCGAGAACCUCCUGGUCUUCAUCCUUACCCAACUUAAGGAGCGUUACGCUGCUCAGAUCGCCAUCAUCCAGAAGUCAUAUCCCAAGGCUGGUGACUUCAAGCUCCCCAAGGAUGGCAAGGCCCUGCGCCUCAACUAUAUGGACGGUGUUGCUCUUCUGAAGGAGGCUGGUGUCGACAUGUCCGAGCAGGAGCGCUUUGAGAACGACUUCACCACCGCUAUGGAGAAGCAGCUCGGCGGGAUCAUCCGCGAGAAGUACGACACUGACUUCUACGUACUCGACAAGUUCCCCAUGGCAGUCCGUCCCUUCUACACCAAGGCCGACCCCAAGGAUAGCCGCUUCUCUAACUCUUAUGACUUCUUCAUGCGUGGUGAGGAGAUCAUGUCCGGUGCUCAGCGUAUUAACGACUUCAAGGAGCUGGAGGAGUCUAUGCGCGCUAAGGGCCUGGACCCGACCCAAGAGGGCUUCGAGGACUACCUGAACGCCUUCCGCCAAGGUUGUCCCCCACACGCCGGUGGUGGUCUGGGCAUGAACCGUAUUGUGAUGUUCUUCCUGGGCUUGCCUAACGUCCGUCUGGCGACGCUGUUCCCUCGUGACCCGCAGCGUCUGCGGCCAUGA